CGGGCCGAGAGGUGCCGAGGGAGGCAUCGCCGUGCGAGCGGCGCCCCGUGUGCCUCCUGCGGCCCCGGCCAGCAGCCCCGGGCCGGGGCAUGGAGGCGGCGCACAGCAUCCCCGUGCUCGACGUGCUCCGCCGCUUCGGGGUCAGCGAGAGCUGCGGCCUCAGCCCCGAGCAGGUCCGCCGCAACCGGGAGAAGUACGGCCCCAAUGAGCUCCCUGCAGAAGAAGGGAAGUCCCUCUGGGAGUUGGUCCUGGAGCAGUUUGAAGAUCUUCUCGUCCGCAUCCUUUUGAUGGCAGCUUUUCUGUCCUUUAUCCUGGCCUGGUUUGAGGAAGGGGAGGAGACCACGACGGCGUUUGUGGAGCCCAUUGUCAUCAUCAUGAUCCUGAUUGCCAACGCUGUGGUGGGAGUGUGGCAGGAGAGGAAUGCAGAGAGUGCCAUCGAGGCGCUGAAGGAGUACGAGCCCGAGAUGGGGAAGGUGAUCCGCGCCGACCGCAGCGGCGUGCAGCGCAUCCGCGCCCGCGACAUCGUCCCCGGGGACAUCGUGGAGGUGGCAGUUGGGGACAAGGUGCCAGCAGACAUCAGGAUCAUCGAGAUCCGCUCCACCACCCUGCGGGUCGACCAGUCCAUCCUCACAGGGGAGUCGGUGUCGGUGAUCAAACACGCUGACCCCAUCCCUGAUCCCCGGGCUGUCAACCAGGACAAGAAGAACAUGCUGUUCUCUGGCACCAACAUUGCAGCUGGCAAGGCCGUGGGGAUCGUCAUUGCCACGGGGGUGUACACGGAGAUCGGGAAGAUCCGCAACCAGAUGGUGGAGACGGAGCCUGAGAAGACUCCCCUGCAGCAGAAGCUGGAUGAGUUCAGCCAGCAGCUCUCCAAAGUGAUUUUCCUGGUGUGCAUCGCCGUGUGGGUCAUCAACAUCAGCCACUUCAGCGACCCCGUGCACGGCGGCUCCUGGUUCCGCGGCGCCAUCUACUACUUCAAGAUUUCGGUGGCGCUGGCGGUGGCCGCCAUCCCCGAGGGCCUCCCCGCCGUCAUCACCACCUGCCUGGCGCUGGGGACGCGCAGGAUGGCCAGGAAGAACGCCAUUGUCAGGAGCCUGCCCUCCGUGGAGACCCUGGGCUGCACCUCGGUCAUCUGCUCCGACAAGACGGGGACGCUGACCACCAACCAGAUGUCUGUGUGCAGGAUGUUCAUCAUGGAGAAGGUGGAGGGCAACCAGUGCAGCCUGCACGAGUUCAGCAUCACCGGCUCCACCUACGCCCCCGAGGGACAGAUCCUGAAGGACGAGCAGCCGGUGCAGUGCGGGCAGUACGACGGGCUGGUGGAGCUGGCCACCAUCUGUGCCCUCUGCAAUGACUCCUCGCUGGACUACAAUGAGUCCAAAAAAGUCUAUGAGAAGGUGGGGGAAGCCACUGAAACAGCCCUGACAUGCCUGGUGGAGAAGAUGAAUGUCUUCAACACAGACCUCAGCAAGCUGUCUAAGGUGGAGAGAGCCAACGCCUGCAACUCAGUGAUCAAGCAGCUGAUGAGGAAGGAGUGCACGCUGGAGUUCUCCCGGGACCGCAAGUCCAUGUCCGUGUACUGCACCCCCAGCGGGGCUGGCAACAACUCUGCUGGCAGCAAGAUGUUUGUCAAGGGCGCCCCGGAGAGCGUCAUCGAGCGCUGCACCCACGUGCGCGUGGGCACCGCCAAGGUCCCGCUGACGGCCCCGGUGAGGGACAAGAUCCUGGGCAGGAUCCGGGACUGGGGCAUGGGCAUGGACACCCUGCGCUGCCUGGCCCUGGCCACGCAGGACACACCUGUGCGCAGGGAGAGCAUGCAGCUGCACGACUCGGCCGCCUUCGUCCACUACGAGAACAACCUGACCUUUGUGGGCUGCGUGGGGAUGCUGGACCCUCCGCGCAAAGAGGUCACCUCGUCCAUCGAGAUGUGCCGCAAGGCCGGCAUCCGCGUCAUCAUGAUCACCGGUGACAACAAGGGCACGGCGGUGGCCAUCUGCCGCCGGAUCGGGAUCUUCUCCGAGAGCGAGGACGUGUCUGGCAGGGCCUACACGGGCCGGGAGUUCGAUGAGCUGCCCCCCGAGGCGCAGCGCCAGGCGUGCCGCGAGGCGCGAUGCUUCGCCCGCGUGGAGCCGGCGCACAAGUCCCGCAUCGUGGAGUACUUGCAGUCCUUCAACGAGAUCACGGCCAUGACAGGUGACGGUGUCAAUGACGCCCCGGCGCUGAAGAAGGCAGAGAUUGGCAUCGCCAUGGGGUCAGGCACGGCCGUGGCCAAGUCAGCUGCUGAGAUGGUGCUGUCUGAUGACAACUUCUCCACCAUCGUGUCGGCCGUGGAGGAGGGCAGAGCCAUCUACAGCAACAUGAAGCAGUUCAUCCGCUAUCUCAUCUCCUCCAACGUUGGGGAGGUUGUUUGUAUUUUCCUGACAGCCAUCCUGGGCUUGCCCGAGGCCCUCAUCCCCGUGCAGCUGCUGUGGGUGAACCUGGUGACGGACGGGCUGCCGGCCACGGCGCUGGGCUUCAACCCCCCCGACCUGGACAUCAUGGACAAGCAGCCCCGCAACCCCAAGGAGCCCCUCAUCAGUGGCUGGCUCUUCUUCCGCUACCUGGCUGUGGGAGUGUACGUGGGCCUGGCCACAGUGGGAGCAGCCACCUGGUGGUUCCUGUACGACGCUGAGGGACCGCAGGUCUCCUUCCAUCAGCUGAGGAACUUCAUGAGGUGCACCGAGGACAACCCCAUCUUUGAAGGAAUUGACUGUGAGAUCUUCGAGUCGCGAUACCCAACAACGAUGGCUCUGUCUGUGCUGGUGACCAUCGAAAUGUGCAAUGCUCUGAACAGUGUCUCUGAGAACCAGUCGCUGUUGCGGAUGCCACCCUGGCUCAACAUCUGGCUGCUGGGGGCCAUCAUCAUGUCCAUGGCUCUGCACUUCCUCAUCCUCUAUGUCAAGCCCAUGCCUCUCAUCUUCCAGGUGACCCCCCUGAGCUGGCCACAGUGGGUGGUUGUGAUGAAGAUCUCCCUGCCUGUGAUCCUGCUGGAUGAAGGCCUCAAGUACCUUUCCCGCAACCACCUGGAUGGAGAAGAGGACAAGAAAUGAAUGACCUGAGGGCAACUCUGAACUAGAGGAUCCCUAACUUGUCCCUGGGACUGAAGUCUUGCAUGCGUGACCAUCGCUAAAGCCAGCAGGACAUGCAUGUGUCCGACUCUCAGACAAAUGCGGGUGAAUCGUCGAAAAGAAAAAAAUCCUGAUUUUCGUUUUGUUCUGUAGCUUUCUUUUUCCUGUACAUAUGAGUGCAAUUACUGGACAGCUGGCCUAGAGUUUGGGGAUGGAGCUGUGUGGAUCUGAGUCGUUGUAAUGUGGUUCCUUGGGAUUUUGUUUUUGCCAAAUUUGAGACCCUCUUUGCAAUUUUCACCCUGACUGAGUGAGCACGGGCAAGGUGGCCUUCAUGAGAGGUUAAGGCAGGAAUUUGGGAUUUGAAGGCACAUCCUCCAGUGGGAUGGGAUGCACAAGGCAGCUUCAGGGGCUGGGAAGGGCUUGGCAGUGAGUGAGGGCAGGGAGAGAGGAGAGGGGGCUGUGUGUUCGUGUUGUUGAGCCUUGCUGAUGUCCAUAGUGUUGCUGCUGCUGUGCUCUGCUCCAGUGGCUGCAGCAGCUGGGCACGGCUUCAGAGUGUGUCCAACACUGGUGUGAACCUCAUGGAGGUGUGUUUACACCUCGAGGUCAGGUGCAUGUGGUGGAAGGCAAAGUUCUCCCUGUUUAUCACGCUGUCCUGUUUGAUCCCUGCAUUAUGGAAAGCCCAGCACCUUCUCAGGCUCAUCCAGCACCAAAGCAUGAUGAAGUCUUGUCUGUCCUCCAUCUGGCAUCUUGCUGGAUCCCAUCUGCACUAUAUAAGGCAGUCCUUCUCCUCAGAGGGGCAGCCAUGUAAAGAAAAGCAAGGGGCUGCCCACCUUGCCCACCUCAUGUCCGCCACUCCUUCCUGGUCACACUUUCUUUCCUCAGUGAAUUUUUAACUAUUUCCCCAGCAGUAGUACAGCCUAAGUUUUUAGGAGCACAUCCAUGGCUUGAUGUGCUCUGCUCUGGAGACCAUCACUGACUUGCACAGGGCAUCCCUGCCAAGGGAUCACGAUGGCAAUGAAUGUAUGCUUGUACAUAAUGUGGUCUUUUUCCAUGAGUGGUGUUUGUUGUGGCAUCCCUUUUUGUAAAGCACCAACUUCAUCUUGCCCUCUGGGGAUUUUUUUCCACAGCAGGAGUCAGACAGUCUUCAGUGAGGAUUUGUAGAUCAGGAGUGGAUUUUGGGAUCCAUUAAAUUUAUCUUUCUCCAUUGAGCUGCAUCAGCUGAGAAGCUGAUAGUGGGUGGUCUCUUCUCCAGCUCUCCAAAUUCUCCCUCCUGUUUUCCUCACCAUCCCCUAGGAUCCAUCCUGAUGAUAUUUAGUUAGCCAGAGCCUGUAUCUUUCCUUUCUCUUACAUUCCAGCAACAGCACUAGAGCCAGGGUCUGGGAUAGCAUUUGCUCCUUUGCUGUUGGGUUUCCUCUUCUACUUUUUGCCUCUUCAAAGCUUCCAGUGUUUUUCUGUAUCAUCUGGGCAAGACCAUCUCUCCUUCCAUACAGUAGGUGCCAAAUAUCAUCCCUCCUUUCUUUUCUCCAUCACCAGCAUUGAAGAUGAGCAGAGCCCCCAGACCAAUGGGAAUGUACAGAAUUGUUAUACUACUGAGCUGAUUUAUUGUACAGAAAACCUUGCAUGAAAUGUUGUUACUGUAUUUAAUAUAUAAUGUAUUCAAGAAAUUUUAAUAUGGAGCUCUUUAAAAAAGAUCUUUAUAGAUACUCUGUCGUUAGAAAAUUGUUGCUGAUUUUUUAAAAUCUUAUUAUACUUUGUCUUGAAGAAGUUUUAUUUUUCAAAUGUGUUCUGUCAAAAUGAUUUAAUCAGUUGAUCCCGUGGGAUAACCAAUUCCUCUUCAAAGAUUUUCGCCAUGGAUGAGACCCACCCUGGUGUAGAGGACCAGGACAUGACCCAGGUACUGUAUAAGUCAAAAUAAGGCUUCAGUAAGACUAAUGCUGUAGACAUGUGAUUUGCCUUUCCUCAAAAGGGUGGAUUUCACCUUAUUUUAGUACAGGUCACAGAACUAAAGAAUUGGGAAAGACAUCCAAGAUGAUUGAGUCCAUCUCCAUUGUUCUGUGCAGAAAAACAGCCAGUGGGAAUUUAGUCCAGCUCCAGCUCAGUGUCGUCAGAGGAGGCAGCUUCUCUGUUUCUCUGAGGUGAACAUCCAUUUUGGGAGAGGCUGGGCUGGAUUCAGAGGCUGGGCUGGAUUCAGAGCAUCCCAGCCCUGUUUGGAGGGUCCAGCAGGGCCUGCAGCCUCCCUGGUCCCUUGUGCCUGCAGGAACCUGCUUGGUCCAUCCACCACCUGAGUUACACUGCUUUCCCUGCACCUAAUGUCAGGUGGAGGGUUAUGAACUUAACCCAAAUGUGUGUGGUGUGGAGAAGUUUCUUGUGUGAAAGCCCAGGCAGUGUCAGUCUGUUCAUGCAGCCAUUGGGUCACAAUUGUGAGUUACCAAAGCCUGAACCAUCAUGGGCAAGAAACCAGAGCUGUGUCCCAGCUUGUUCUUCCCAGCAGCAGCAAAUUGUGUUUUAUUGAUAUUAUAAGCCUUAAAUCUAUCUAGAAAAUGCCCAGGUAAUCUGCAUUAGAGCUGCCUGGA